AUGGCGUGUGGACUGCGCGCGCUCGCGCUGUGCGUCGCGCUGUGCGUCGCGCUGGCCGCGGCCACGCCCCCCCGCGCGCACAAGAACCCCUACGUGCUGCCCGGUCGCUCCGCCGUCGUCCACCUCUUCGAGUGGAAGUUCCGCGACAUCGCCCGCGAAUGCGAGGAGUUCCUCGCCCCCAAGGGUGCAACCGUCUGCAUUGUCAAGACGUACUCUGUUUAUAAAAUGACUUCUCCCAUCGCUGAACAUUUGUCCCAACCGAAGAAAGGACACCCCUGGUGGGAGCGUUAUCAGCCCAUGUCGUUCAGAAUCGUCAGCCGCUCCGGGAACGAAUCGCGAUUCGCUGAAAUGGUGGAGCGAUGCAACUACGUAGGCGUCAGAGUGUACGUUGAUGUGGUAUUCAAUCACAUGACUGGUCCUUUGAAACCAGCGCGCAGUAUUGCAGGCACUUCUGCGGACGGUAUUAACAGAAACUAUCCGGAAGUUCCGUUCCACAAUAAGCACUUCAAUCCUAAGUGCGACAUUCACACCUAUAACGACGUUAACCAGGUUCGCAACUGUUUGCUCAGUGGUUUAAAUGAUCUAAACCAAACCAACAUAUAUGUUCGAGAAAAAAUUAUAGAUUUUCUUAACCGUUUGAUUGACCAUGGAGUAGCAGGCUUUCGAGUUGAUGCAGCCAAACACAUGUGGCCGGCGGACCUUGAGUACAUUUACAGUCAAGUAAAAAAUCUCAGUGCUCGCCAUGGGUUUGCUCCUGGACUGAGACCUUUCAUUUACCAGGAAGUUAUCGACCUUGGGGGCGAAGGCGUUAAGAAGACAGACUACAAUGCCCUCGCUCGCGUCACGGAAUUCAAGUACGGCGCUGAAAUCGGGAACGUUUUUCGAGGAAACAAUGCGAUGAAGUGGCUGAAAAAUUUUGGCAGUGAAUGGGGGCUGCUACCCAGUGGCGACGCUUUGGUGUUCGUGGACAACCACGACAACCAGCGAGGACACGGGGCUGGAGGCCCCACCAUCAUCACCCACAAGGAGCCCCGACUGUACAAGAUGGCUGUAGCAUUUAUGCUUUCCUGGCCUUACGGAUACCCACGUGUUAUGUCCAGUUAUUCUUUCAACAACACGGACAAAGGCCCUCCAAUCAACAAAAACAGCUCCAUAAAAAACGUCACAAUCACCAGCAAUGGAAAAUGCGGAAAUGGGUGGGUGUGUGAGCAUCGUUGGCCGGCAAUUGUCAAUAUGAUCGAGUUCCGGAACAGAGUUGAUGGAACUGCUGUGACAAACUGGUGGGAUAACGGCAACUAUCAAAUUGCGUAUUCGAGAGGCGACAAAGGAUUUAUUGUGUUCAACGGUGAGAAGGGUGCAGACCUCAAGCAGAUCCUUAAGACCGGACUUGCAGAAGGUUCUUAUUGUGACGUAAUAUCUGGCCAAAAGAUGCGUAAUAAAUGCACAGGAAGAACAGUUGACGUCGGAAAGGAUGGAAAUGCAGCUAUUACCUUAUUGAAAGAGGAAGAAGGCGUGUUGGCCAUACAUAUUGGGACCCGCGGAGAGCAAGGAGCCGGCGGCGGCGGCAGCGUCGGAGGCAGUGGAGGCGGUGGUGGUGGUGGCGGUGACCGCGACAGUGGCGAUGAUGGGGGUGGAUAUGGUGAGGUGGCGGUGGUAGUGAUGAUGGUGGUGGCAGCAGUGGCGAUGUCGUUAGUGGAGAUGGCAGCAGAGGCGGUGGCAGUGGCGUUGACGGUGGUGGCAGAAGAGACGAUGAUGGUGGAAAAAAGCGGGGGUGGCAGCGGAAUUGAUGAUGAUGGAUGA